AAUUCCUCGCGUAGCACUGUUGGGGAAAGAGAAUGAGAGGGAAGGAGGGGUGAAGACUCAACUUCUGUCAACAGAAGGAAACGCUUUCUUUUUAUGCCAGUAACAAAACUCUCGGCCUGUUUUCGUACUCUGGUCAGAUGAUCGUCUCUGGACUUUAUCUGUGAUUAACAAUAUCUAAUGGGAUUAAAGAGGCUCAAGUUACCGAUGCGUACAAGCGAACUGUCGAAGUCCGUUAUAUUAAACUGUGUCAAACAUUUAAGAGAACGCCUAAACUAACUUUUUGAAGGAUGGGGCAUAAUUUUAUAUAAGUUCGACGAUUUGAGAUCCGCGCGUUCAGCUGAAGAAAAACGAAUGGAAGAAUGGAAAUACUUAUUUAGGAUAAUAUCUUAACUAGCUAACGUUAGUUGUGUAGUUGUUUUUAGAGAUGUGCUAUUCUUGCAUAUCCGUUUGCCACGUUUGAAGACUCGAACGAUUCGAAACCGUCGUUUCCUUUAAAGAAGGCCAACUCGUAUAUUAUCCUUCACAUGUGUGGGUUUCCCCUCAAACUAGACCAUGAGUCAUUUUGACUGGCUUAAAUGCUGUUGAAGUUGACCAGAAGGAUAAAUCCACCCAUUACAGAAUGCUGGUGUGAGGGUACUGAAUAUGGCAUCGGCGAUUUUUGAGGGCACAUCCCUGGUGAACAUGUUCGUCAAGGAUUGUUGGGUUAACGGGAUACGCAGGCUCAUCAUUAGAGGAGAGGAAGAGGAGUUCUUUGAAAUAAGGACUGAAUGGUCGGACAGAAAUAUACUCUACUUGCACAGAAGCUCCUCAGAUUUGGGAAAACUUUUAAAAAGACUGGUGGAGUCUUUCCCUGAAGACGGAGAUUUAUUAAAGUCCCCACUGAUAAAAGGGCUUGUCAAGAUUAAAGAAGCAAGAGACAUUGAGACAAAGCUUAAUGAAGUGGAGCGACUGCUGAAGAAUGCUAUUAACAUGCCCUGGAAGUUUUCUAGGUCAGAAGUUGUCUUAACAUUCUUUGAACGCUCGCAGCUUGACCAGGUCCUGAGGAACGACAAUGUCCACAAAAUUCAGCCAUGCUUUCAAAGUCCAGUUAAGAUUUCAGAGAUCAUGAGGUCUAAUGGGUUUUGCCUGGCAAACACAGAGACCAUUGUGUUUGAUGAGAGUAUUCCACUGGACAAAGAGAGACCCUCCUCCACUGACUCAGCCCAGCACUCGUAUGAUGACGAUGGGAGAGAAUCUUUGGAUCCUGUAGAUCAAGACCUGAGUGACGAUGAUCCUGAAGCUUACGUCACUAACCUGUCCUACUACCACCUGGUUCCCUUUGAAACUGACAUCUUGGAGUAACACAAACAAUUCUGCAUGGGUGGACAUUUAAGGGGAGCACUGAAUCCCACCUAAACAGUUCAGAUCCAGCAUGUAAUAUCUGCCAAGUGAUGGAUGUGCCAGCGCUUAUAUUUUCUGAUUGGUAGUGUUUAUGAUGAGUUUGAAUGCAGAGAUUACUGCAAGCUCCCUGCUUUGACUUUGUUCAUCAGAUUUGUUGGCAUCAGCCCAAAAUUACACCUUAUUCACCCACGUGCCUCAUUGUUCAACGUAGAAUCACGUUGUAGCUGUACUACUGUAAAAAAGAAUUAGGCUGCUAUUUCUCGUGUACAGAAUGAUGUGGCCUGAAAGAUUUAAUUUUCUUUUGUCUGUAAAGCUCAGGCUGUACUGUUUUUGAGGUUGUGAUUCUUUUUUUUUUUUUUUUUUUCAAGGCCCAAGGCCUAGAAAACCUGCCUGAAAAGAUUAUUCUUCAGAAAGAGGUUACUCUAGAAACAAUCCUUUGGCAAUAGAUGAUGAUAUGCAGAUGUUCCUGGAGAAGAAGAUCCACAUAAGGAUUUAUCAAUAUCAGGAAUAUUAUCUUGAUGUAUAUGCUACUGUAAAUUAAAAUGCUGAUUCAAAUAGACAAAAACUGAAAAAAGGGCAUAUGUAAAAAUGCUAAUUCAUUUUAUUAACUCAAACCUUUGAUUUUGUUAUGAAAUCACUGCUUUAUUAAGCUUAGUGUUAAGGGGUUAGCAAAAUUAAGCUUGCAGAUGUGUAUAUGUGUCUUUCUUGUCAGAGAAUUUAAAAGAUUAUUUAUUAUUAAAUUAUCAAAAGAUAAUUUUAUUAGUUUAUGACCUCUUUUCUACUAAAUGACUGUAGACAGUAGCUGCACUUUGUUCUUUUCUCUUGAAUACAAAGGUCUUGCACACUCACUUGGCACAUGGCUCCUAGUCCACACAUAUACAAAUACACCCACACACACCCCCUACUUUGUAAUAUAGUCAUGUUUCCCUUCUACCCGUGAGAAAGUUCUGCUCUUUUUUUUUUUUUUUUUGUUAACAAAUUUUGUAGCUUUAAUAAUCCGCUCCCACUUUUAAAGCAUGCAAAUAGGAAGAAUAAAAUGAUCUGAACUGUGGGAGACUGGGUCAAGUAAUUUUAUUACAGAGAAUAUUUACAUAUUUUUGCAAUUUGAAAGUGAUCUGAUGCUUAGUUAAAUUUGUUUUAUUCUUCAAGAUGCACAUAAUAUAUUUGAACAUAUUCUCUGACAUGUCAUAUCCAUCAUGCCUCACCAUGAAAUACUCCCUGUCUCACAUCUAAACCCGGAUGCAUGUGAGCAAAGAUAUUAAUAUAUUGUUGGACACAAACAAAGUGCAAGAAAGAUAGACUGUGCUCAAAGUAACUUAAGUACAUAGACAUGACCAAAUGCAGAGCACACUGCAAAAAAAGUAUGAUACAUAUCAGAGAAAAGAUACUAAAGAAGUUAUUUUUGAUCACUGGAAUUUUGAGGUAAUAAUGAUUUUAAUAAGCAUUGAAAAUAAUUACUCCACAUUUCCUGUUUCUGUUAUGAUGUUCUUUUUUUUUAUAUAUAUAUAUAUAUAUAUGCAGCAUUAUGUUAAGCAUUUUUGACUGCUGGGCACCACAUCAUGUAUUGCUAAUUAUAGUAAUUUGUACAGCUUGUAAAUAAUUUAUAAAUAACAUGUCAUUAAAGCUUUUGCACUGGCUAAA